AUGACCAGUGAUGGUCGAGAUAUUGAUGAUAGGACUGAACACCUGUCAUCGGAGGAACCAAGCACCAGUGGUUGUCCAGUCCAUGUUGACGACCACAGUGAUGUCCUCCAUUCUCCCAUCACUGCACCGACCCUCCAAACUCCAGACCAUUCUGCAGCUCAAAGUGUUGACGACGUCCCUACAGCCUGUGCCACGUCCGACUGUAGUGAGGAUGAUGUCCUUCAAGCUGCAGUGCCUUUGCUAGCUGACUUGUGUGCACGUGUUCUUCAGGACACUGAGCCACAGUCAUGCCAGCAGCAGGAUAUGGAGAAAACUGUGACUGGUCGAGAAAUUGAUGAUUGGACUGAAUACCUGUCAUUGGAGGAACCAAGCACCAGUGGCUGUCCAGUCCAUGUUGACGACCACAGUGUUGUCCUCUAUUCUCCCGACUGCAGUGACGAUGAUGUCCUUCAAGCUGCAGUGCCUUUGCUAGCUAACUUGUGUGCACGUGUUCUUCGGGACACUGAGCCACAGUCAUGCCAGCUACAGAAUUUGGAGAAAACAGUGAUCGGUCGAGAAAUUGAUGAUUGGACUCAAUACCUGUCAUCGGAGGAACCAAGCACCAGUGGCUGUCCAGUCCAUGUUGACGACCACAGUGUUGUCCUCUAUUCUCCCGACUGUAGUGAGGAUGAUGUCCUUCAAGUUGCAGUGCCUUUGCUAGCUAACUUGUGUGCACAUGUUCUUCGGGACACUGAGCCACAGUCAUGCCAGCUACAGAAUUUGGAGAAAACAGUGAUCGGUCGAGAUAUUGAUGAUAGGACUGAAUACCUGUUAUCGGAGGAACUAAGCACCAGUGGUUGUCCAGUCCGUGUUGACGACCACAGUGAUGUCCUCCAAUCUCCCAGCACUGAACUGACCCUCCAAACUCCAGACCAUGCUGCAGCUCAAAGUGUUGACGACGUCCCUACAGCCUGUGCCACGUCCGACUGUAGUGAGGAUGAUGUCCUUCAAGCUGCAGUGCCAUCAGUUCCUCAGGAGAAGGAGAAAACAAUUUUCGUCAUCAAUUCACGCCAAUAUGAAGUUGGUGAUGAGCUCGGUGAAGGAGGUUUUGGAACCGUCUAUGCAGCGACUCGUUUGGAUGAUGGACUUCAGGUUGCAGUGAAAUACUGCUCGAUGUUCGACACAACGUUCAUCCGCAUUGAUGGUUUUGCUCAACCACUUCCAAUAGAAAUUGUGCUUCAAACCCUUGUGAAUCAAGGCCCAAGGGUUCCUGAAAUUAUUGAGCUUCUGGACUGGAAGGUGGAACGUGACUUCUACUGCAUGGUCCUGGAACGGCCCAUACCCUGUCAGCCCUUGAACAAUUUCAUAGAAAGCUAUGUUGGGUCCAUUGAUGAAGAUGACAUACGGUUCAUCAUGAAACAGGUCGUAUUCGCAGCUCAAACUUGCUGCCAAAGAAAAGUGUUACACCGAGAUAUCAAGCUGGAGAACCUUCUGAUCAACCCGAACACCCUUGAGGUCAAAUUGAUUGACUUCGGGUGCGGGGAUAUCCUCGAAGAUGAGGCUUACACAGACUAUUCUGGCACAGCGGAGUAUCGUCCUCCUGAGUUUCUGGAGACUGGCAAAUACCACGGAGAACCAGCGACAGUGUGGUCUCUCGGAAUAGUCUUGUUUGUAAUGCUUUUCUGGAAGUUUCCAACAAGACGAGAACUGAAUACGAUCAUGAAUAAAGACAUAGAAGGCCUGUCAGAAGGUGAGAUCUUCAUUUCAGCACAGAACAGUUGUAAUUUGAAUUACCAAAAAAUAAAUUUCAAGGUGAUCAUGUCUCUCUCUUCUUUCUGCACAGAAUGCUGCGAUUUUAUGCGCUGUUGUCUCAAGAUAGACCCCAGAGAGCGGAUUAAACUGGAGCGACUCAACCGCCACAGCUGGAUUAAGACCAACGAAGAGAAGAAGAGCAGCGAAAUAAUGGUCAUCAACUCAUCCUCUUAUGAACUUGGCGUUCUGCUGGGUAAAGGAGGCUUUGGACUUGUUCAAGCUGCAACCCGACUAGAGGAUGGCCUUCAGGUGGCAAUUAAAACUGCCUACACCGAGAACGUCAAGUUCAUCGACAUUGACGGCUAUCCGGAAUCCCUUCCAAUGGAGGUUGCUCUUUUAGUUCUUGCAAACCAAGAGCCCGCAAUACAGGAAAUAAUUAAGCUUUUGGACUGGCGCGUGGAUGAGGACGAAUACAUCAUGGUCCUAGAGCGGCCCAUGCCCUCUGAAGAGCUGCUCUCCUUUCUCCUGCGCCAAGAGUCGAUCAUCGAUGAGGAUGGGGCACGGUUGAUCAUGUGGCAGGUAAUAUUUGCAGCUCAAACGUGCUGCAGACGCAAAGUCUUUCAUCGAGAUAUCAAGAUGGAGAACAUCCUGAUCAACCCGGACACCCUCGAAAUCAAAUUGAUCGACUUUGGAUGCGGGGAAAUCCUCACCGAUGCUCCUUACACAAGUUUUGCUGGCACAGAUGACUAUGUCCCACCUGAGUAUCGGAUAACUGGCGAGUACCACGGUAAAACAACGACAGUGUGGUCUCUUGGGCUACUCCUUUAUGUGAUGAUGUGUGGAGAUUUUCCAAAUCGACACGACCUGCAAAUGAUCAGACGUAACAUCUGGACCAAAGAUCACUUGACAAAAGAAUGCUGUGAUUUGAUCCGCUGCUGUCUCCAGAUCGAGCCAGAGCAGCGAAUUGAACUUGAGAAACUGAGUCUCCAUGACUGGUUUAGGCCUGAAGACGUGGAAAGACCUGCACCCGAGAACCGCAUCGUCCAUCAGCAGUCAGAGGAUCCCUCAUUUUUUAAUAUUCCCUUCUUUUUACUUGUUAGUUUUUUCUUUAGAUAUUAUUGUAUAUUUUAGUAUGACUGAUGAUAGUAGUUAAAAAAAACAUAAACACUAAAAAAAGGAAGUUGUAGCCAGCCAUGACAGCAACCCUGUGCCACCUCAAGACCAGAAAUCUUCAAGACCCCAGACUCAGGGACCGACUGAUUCAUCAGCUGUUACGGCAUCCCCAUUUUUUAUUGUAUUUUUUAUUAAUUUAUUUUAUCAAUAAAUAUUUUGUUAUUUUGUGGAAAUACUAAUAGUAGUUGUGCAAUAAAAAAUAAAAACAUUGUUCGGCGACCAUGUAAGCAACCCAGUGCCGAAUGAAGAAAUGCUAUGUGAAACACACCAUAGUGAUGUGCAGAGCUCUCAACCACUGCAAGACGAAUGCACAAUAUGCACAUCAACCAUGUACAUGGUACAUGCUGAACUGUACAUACAAAUUACCGACAUUUUUUAAAUAUAAAGUGAACAGGAAGUGUUUGUGGAACAACAGUGUUGCGACGGAACAUAAAAGAUCUUUGCCAGGGAACGCAAAACUAUUGCGAGGGAAAACAAAACCCUGGGAGGUAACGCAAAAACUUAAAAAUAGAUAUUUACCUCAUUUUCCUCCCACUGAGUUUUUUUUCCCCACCAUCAUGUCCCUUCUGGGUCUCAGUAAAAUAGAAGGUACCAAACUGUAUGUUUAAUGUUCACUGUAAUGUGAUGUUUACUGUUGUAUUGUAUGUACAUUUUCUUUUUGUUCAAUAAAAAAUAUUGCACUCAGAAA